AUGGAGAUGACCCAAGGUUCUUAUGCACAGCAGCUUCUCGCUACCUUCCUUCAGAACCAAAGCGGCAAACCAUCCUUUCCGAUGCAGUGGGCUCCGGAGAUGAGUUCACAUCCUUCUCUGUUACCGCAACCGUGGCCCGUGGCUUCCCAGGCACCUCACGCACUGGAGCUCGCCCGGGCCAAGGUGGCCCAGAACCAGGCGGAUCUCCAAGCCGUGCGGCCUCCGCCAGGCUUGGAGCACAUGAUGUCCGCUCCGAAGCCUUGCGUGGUGCCCGUGGGGCGCUUCGGCGACGGAACUGGGAAAGCGCGUCAGAUUUCCAAAUCAUCAAUGUCAACUGCACCUUCGGAAGCAGUGAUCGAAGAAAUGUCAGACUUGGAGGAGAUCGAUUCCAACUGUUCCAGUCCAAUGACUGCAACCAGAUUUGAUGCACCUUCAGGAAGUGCUGCCAUGCAUCCAGCUCUGGCGGUGAGAAGCUUUGACGCUGCGUUGCGCCAGUUGAUCGAGAGCGUGCCUCGAUUGGCUCGGGACUCGAAAGGAGCUCUUCUACUUGCGCAGCAUGUGUCGGCGAUGGAUACUCAAGGUUUGGGCCUGCUGAUUGCAGCAUUGCGACCCCAAGUGGUGGAGCUCGGCUGUGACGCCUCGGCCACAGGAGUUGUGCAGCAACUCUUUACCGUAUGCAGUGAUCGGCCCGCACUGCGGGCGCAACUGACCGAGAGCCUGGGUGGAUCGAUCCUCAAGAUGUCGAAGGACAAACAUGGUUGCUUGGCCAUCCAACAUGCCUUGGAGAUGGCUCCCCUCGAGAUGCAAUGCCUGAUUGGAUCCGAGCUGAAGGGCAAGGUGUUCUAUUGCAGCCGGCAUAUGCAUGGAAACUUCGUCAUGCAGAAAAUCAUUCAAACCCUACCGCCGUCGGCUCUCAUGUUCAUCAUGCUCGAGCUGAAGGAGACGGUGGUGGCAGCAGCGCUUCACAUCUACGCUUGCCGCGUUCUUCAACGGCUCAUCGAGCACUGUGGUCACCGCCCCGAACUCCUGUCGCUCCUCGAGGACCUAGUGGUCCCAGGUGAGCAGCUCCAGCGUUUGGUAAAGGAUCCGUACAGCAGCAAUGUGAUUCGCACACUUGUGGUGUGUGGCAGUGUGGAAAACGCUCGCGUUGUCAUGCGGCUGUUCAGCGAGGACGUGAUGAAAUAUUCACGCAACCGGCACGCGAGCCUCGUACUGGAAAAGUGUUUGGAGGUUUCUGCCGGCCCGAAGGCAUCCGAGUUGGCCGAGGACCGUGCGACAUUGAUGACAGCCUUCUUCUCUUCCUCCACACGGAGCGCCAGCCCUCCUCUCUUGCAAAUCAUGCUGGACCGAUUCGGGAACUACAUCGUCCAGCGCGUCAUUGAGACCAGCACAGGUGCAGAAAAGAACGAGGUCAAGAGGCUUCUGACGCUUGCGUGGCCAAAGUUACAGAAUGCUGCCGCUGGGAAGCACAUCUUGUCCGCAGCAAACAAGAAGUUCUCUUUCAAGGUGCCGUUCAAUGAUGGCAGCGAUGGCAGCGACAGUUUGGCGCCGGAGUCGCAGUCGCCAGAUAGAAGCAUGCUUUACAAUGCACUGAUCCAAGAUGAGCCAAGGACAGGAGAUGAAGAAGGAACUAAGAAGCUUGACGGUACUUAUCAGGUGGCACAGCAGGGCCUAGGUAUUCGGACGAUCGCUGAGCAGGCAAUCAAGACUUUCAGGGAGCAGACGCCUUUUCGGCGAAGGACAGCAGCCGACCGGACCGGCCAGAUUCGUAGGUUAGCGACCAACAGUGAUCAUCAAGGCGUUGCUGCACGAGGCCCGCAAUGCCGGAAUGACGAGACCCGGAUUGAUGUCGACCCUGGUGCACACAUUACAUGCCUAGAGGUCGAUGGUGUCGCAUGCAUCGGAUUGCCGGUCAAUCCGUUGGCGGUCGCGGCGAUGGUUGAGAAAGCACAGCCCGCACCCUUCGGACGAGGGGAAGCCACGCUUGUUGCAAAUUUCCUGGACCCAGAAGGGGGCUACUCUAAUCGAGAUACCGAGAGGGCUGAGCGAAUGUUUGCCAGCCUUGUCACAGUCUUGCCAAGCGAGUUCUUCGGAGGGGAUCUUGUCGUGGAGCACCAGGGAAUAUCAAAGUGUCCUCUUGCAUGUCGAAAGAGUCGGCAGUCAGCGAUGGGGCCCCUCAGCGUCGCAUCCUCGUCAGUGUCAUUGCUUUUGAUCGCUCUUGUCUUCCGCGUUUUAGACAUGCCAACAGUCGUUCGGAAGGGCGGCACGGAUUUUGGAAUCGAAAGUGGAGUGGUGGAGAGAAGAAGGUGGAGUUUGGAACGGAGAGUGGAGAGUAGAGAGGACAGGUGUGAGUGCAGAGCGGCUUCAGUGGAUGAGUGGAGCGGAGAGCAGAAUGACAGGAGGGUGCUGAUGCUCCACGGUGGGCGAUCGCAGAAAGCCGGGACGCGAUGGUCGGUGGAAACCCUUGCUUGCGAGGCGUUUGGCCUCACGGUGGAGCACCACCUUCAGAGAUGCGCUGGCAGCAGCUGGAGGGCGGUGUUUGGCGUGAGGCUGGAAAGACCAUCGUGCUCGCGAGUCCGCGAGUUGCGCCUGCGGCCGUGGAGGACUCUAAGCCGGAAGGUUCAGACGCAAGGCUCGUCGAGGAGUCCAAUCCGUCGCCAGACAACGUGCCAGCGCGCUGCUCCCAGCACCACUGCUGGUAAGUGCCCGAAGCAUGGCCUUGAAAGGCUGCCAAGGUCACAGGAGUCUCGACCAGACUGGUUUUCCUUGGACUCUUUGGCCGCUUCGAGGUACGUAGACGAGGGCGAUGCCGAGAAACCGGUGAUGGAAGCUUAUGCUACGGUCCCAGAGGUGGCGACCCCGACCAGCCUGCAGGCAUUGUCAGGAUCUGCGACCAUACCCACCGAAUUACGAAGACGUGUGUCGGAGGAGGUCGAAAACCUCCUCGCAAAAGCCAACUUGGACUUCAUGCACGGGGACGUGGAUACCAACGGCUUGGUGGAGGAUUGCUGCUUGGCGCUGCUCCACGCACAUGAUGAUGGCACUGAGAUCUCGCACGAUCGUCUCUCUGCGGAGGUUGUGCGGACCAUUCUUCAAGGCUGGGACCAAUUCCGCAAGCGGGGCUUGGAGAACGAGCCACAAACUGUAAGCCAGCGCAGUCGCUUCCGAGCCUACAUCGACGCCCACGAGGCCAUGCCGCGAGAACCAGACCUAGAGGACCACAUGCAUCCGUCCUCUGUCUGCCUCCACGACUCCAACUCUUGCCUUGUGCUGUCAUGCCGGAACUCCAUGGCCUGUGAUCCGUGCCAAGUAUCCUAA